CCGAAUGUUUGAAAGAAACUGAAGCCCAGCCCAAACACGACGACAACUCACACAAAGGUGUUCACCGAAAACCUAGUUAGUGCUCUUUCUGUCUUUGUCUUCGGCUCUAUUCUCUCUCCAUAGCUCUCCGCACCUUGCAGAUCUCGAUCUGCAACAAUGGCUUCCAGAAAAUCCGACAACCCUCAGUCUGGCGACGGCGCCAGUCCCGGGAAAAUCUUCAUCGGAGGGUUAGCCAGAGACACCACCCUAGAAACGUUUGUGAAUUACUUCGAAAAGUAUGGCGAGAUAACGGACUCCGUUAUCAUGAAGGACCGUCAAACGGGUCGACCCAGGGGCUUCGGGUUCAUCACCUACGCUGACCCCUCCGUCGUUGACCAAGUCAUUCAGGAGAACCACAUCAUCAACGGGAAGCAGGUCGAGAUCAAGAGGACCAUUCCCAAGGGGUCGUCGCAGGCUAAUGACUUCAAAACCAAGAAGAUCUUCGUCGGCGGUAUUCCAACAUCAGUAUCCGAAGAUGAGUUCAAGAACUUCUUCUCCAAGUAUGGGAAGGUGGUAGAGCAUGAGAUUAUACGGGACCACACCACAAAGCGAUCAAGGGGGUUUGGCUUUAUAGUAUUUGAUAGUGAAAAGGUUGUGGAUAAUAUUUUGGCAGAUGGGAACAUGAUUGAUAUGGCUGGUACUCAGGUUGAGAUCAAGAAGGCUGAACCAAAGAAAUCCUCGAACCCAGCUUCUCUUGCUCCGUUUGCUAGUGACUCUAGGGCACGUUCUUACAAUGAUGGAUUCAGUGGAUUUGGUGAUUCUUAUGGAAGUUUUGGUGGAAGUGGGUAUGGUCCUGGUUCUUAUAGGUCACUUGGUGGAGGAUUUGGGGGUAGGCUUGGUGAUUAUGGUGGGUAUGGGGCUGGAGAUGACUUUGGUGGUAGUUUUGGGGGCUAUGGUGGAAGUGGUGCUGGUGGCUAUGCUGGCUUUCGAGGAGAAUCAUCCUUUGGCUACUCUAGUCGCUAUGGAUCAUACAUGGGUGGUCUUGGUGCUGGUUAUGGCAGCAGUGGGUUAGCUGCAUAUGGACGAGGUGUUGGGGGCUAUGGAAGCUACGGUGGUCCAGGAACUGGUGGGGGCUAUGAAUCAGGCCCGGCUGCUGGUUAUGGUGGGGCUGGAGGUGGUGGAGUGUAUCCCAGUAGGGGAAGCUAUGGUGGCAGUAGUCGUUACCAUCCAUACACAAGAUAGUUUGAUUACUAAGCUUUGCAGUAGAAUUUGCAUGCAGGUUUAAGCAUUUUCUAGACACAAAGCACUUACUGCAGGUGACCACUUUCUAGAAGUCAGACGAGCCACUAGCAUGUCUGUUUUAUCUAAUGCUUAGACAACCGAAGGUAGAAACAACAUCAGUCUAGAGCUUCCUGAGCAUCAUCGAUCUAGAGAUUCCCCAUCAGUUAUCAGCCUAUACGAUUUUAGAUAGGCACAUUGUGCUUUUGUGAUAUUCUGAUGUUUGCAAGUUAGUCUGUCACAAUUCUGGAUAUAAUAUUUAGUUAGAAUCGUGGUGGAGUUGUGUGAUUGUGUAUUAUUGUAGGUCAUACUUACUAGAAAUUUGUUUAAAAGAGUACUUGUUCUCCAUCUUUCCUUAAGUUGUGUUUGGCUAGCCAAUGUUAAAGAUGCUGACUCAACCUUUUCAGGUAAAACUAGUUGCUACAGUUGUGAUUUAGUUACUUGCCUAGUUAGAUCAUAUCCACGAGAUAGAUCUUAAUUAGUCUUGACAGGGUUCUCAUGUCACUCUUCUUAAGGGGCUCUUUUGACAGCAUUCCGUCUUAGCUAGCAUUCGUAAAUUGGAUCAUAGAGAGGCAGAUUACUAAUAUGAACUCUUUCUCUAAGACCCUUAAGAUAUUUUUAGCGUUUAGCAUCGGAAAGUAGUAGUAUUUUCUCCAUGUACAGAGGGGAGUUAAAUUCAGAAACUAUAUGACGUUGCCAAUUAGACAUUUUAUAUCCUAUGAUUCUAUUACUACCUCUGCACUUAAAUAUGAGGAAAAUUAAUUAACUAGUUUCAAACUUGUCAAGAAUAGCAAGUCAUUUAAUAUUGUCGUUUUCAUAAUAUACGCAAGUAUUUUAUUCUAAAUUAUCCUCAAUUGUAUAUGUUGAUGGUGGUGCUUAGGGUUAAAGAUAAGGGUUGAGGUUGUUGAAAUUAAUUUUUGUUUAUAUUCGAGUCCGUAGGGAAUAUUGUCUGCAUUUGUUUGUGUUGGACAUAGUCUAGGGGUGCCUGAUUUGAUGAGAAGUAGUUUUAGGUGCUUACAGCUUGUUUGUUUGGAUAUAUUAUGGAUGAUGGUACUAACUACUAUUCCAGAUUUGGUGGUUUUUCAUAGCCCUCUUCAACCCUUUAACAUACAUACAUACAUACACCGUUUCAACCUGGAAUACGGGGCCAGUACGAACAUUGAUACACCCUUUCCUCUUGUAGUCAGAGAUCACUGAUACACUAAAUUUGUUCAUUCAUUGAUUAUUAAAAUGUGUUGUGGCCGAAAAUGGUGUUUUCAGAAGCUGUUGGAGUGGCUGCCACCCUUCCUGGUUUUUUGUUUAGAAGCUCGUUCCCCCCCUAUUAAAUAAUUCUCUUGUAAUUAAAUUUCUUGUAAAUCAAAAUUGACAAACUGUUUCUGCUGUUCUUAUUA